GGAUGGGAAAGCUUUAAUUGGACUUCCUUACGUCACACCUUAGCGACACAGCUUUCAGCAAAAACAUGGCAUCCUACUGUAUGACAGUUUCUCGGCUCCGGCUUUCGCUAGGAGAUGGGGCCAGACGAUUGCAUGUCACAGCAGCCCUCAGCGCCAAGGCCAAGGUGGCCAUGAGUCGAUUCGAGCCUGGCUCCAGCAUCAACUAUGAGAAACUGCUUACGAAUAUCAGUAUUGUGAGGAAGAGGCUUAACCGUCCCCUCACCCUGUCUGAGAAGAUCGUGUACGGGCACCUGGACGACCCGCACGGGCAGGACAUAGACAGGGGUCGCACGUACCUGCGGCUGCGGCCGGACCGGGUGGCAAUGCAGGAUGCCACGGCACAGAUGGCCAUGCUCCAGUUCAUCAGCAGCGGCCUGGCGACGGUGGCAGUGCCCUCCACCAUCCACUGCGACCACCUGAUCGAGGCCCAGACCGGCGGGGCUCAGGACCUGCAGAGAGCCAAGGAUCUGAACGAAGAGGUGUAUAACUUCCUGGCAACAGCUGGAUCCAAAUAUGGAGUGGGCUUCUGGAAACCAGGGUCUGGAAUCAUUCACCAGAUCAUUCUUGAAAACUACGCUUACCCAGGGGUCCUGCUGAUCGGCACGGAUUCCCACACGCCCAACGGCGGCGGCCUGGGUUCCAUCUGUAUCGGAGUUGGUGGAGCGGACGCCGUUGAUGUCAUGGCGGGCAUCCCGUGGGAACUCAAAUGUCCUAACGUGAUUGGGGUGAAGUUGACUGGUUCGCUCUCUGGCUGGACCUCGCCUAAGGACGUCAUCCUGAAGGUGGCAGGUAUCCUGACGGUGAAAGGCGGCACGGGAGCCAUCGUGGAGUACUACGGCCCCGGUGUGGACUCCAUCUCCUGUACCGGUAUGGCCACCAUAUGCAACAUGGGAGCCGAAAUUGGAGCCACAACCUCGGUGUUCCCCUACAACCACCGCAUGAAGACCUACAUGGACAAGACCGGCCGUGGAGAGAUUGCCCAGCUAGCUGAUGAGUAUAAGGAUUGCCUCGUCCCAGACCCCGGUUGCGACUACGACCAAGUGAUUGAGAUCAAUCUCAGUGAACUGAAGCCGCACAUCAAUGGCCCCUUCACCCCAGACCUGUGCCACCCCGUGUCUGACAUCGGAGCAGUUGCUAUAAAGAGCGGCUGGCCCCUGGAAGUUAAAGUAGGUCUGAUCGGCAGCUGUACUAACUCCAGUUAUGAGGACAUGGGUCGUGCCGCAUCGUUGGCCAAGCAAGCCCUGGACCGCGGGCUGAAGUGCAAGGCCCAGUUCACCGUCACGCCCGGCUCCGAGCAGAUCCGCGCCACCAUCGAAAGAGACGGCUUUGCCAAGAUCCUGAGAGAUGUCGGUGGGGUGGUGCUCGCUAAUGCUUGUGGACCCUGCAUUGGACAGUGGGACAGGAAGGACGUAAAGAUGGGAGAAAAGAACACCAUCGUCACCUCCUACAACAGGAACUUCACGGGCCGGAACGACGCCAAUCCUGCCACCCACGCUUUUGUCACCUCACCCGAGAUUGUCACAGCCAUGGCUAUAGCUGGCACGCUGAACUUCGACCCCGAGAAGGACUUUCUCACCGCGUCCAACGGCGAGAAGUUCCAGCUGGUCCCUCCCACCGGCGACGAGCUGCCCUCUCGCGACUUCGACCCGGGACAGGACACCUACCAGCACCCCCCGGCCGACGGCAGCGGCGUGGCCGUGGACGUGAACCCCGCCAGCAACCGCCUGCAGCUGCUGGAGCCCUUCGACAAGUGGAGUGGAACGGACCUGGAGAACAUGGCCGUCCUCAUCAAGGUGAAAGGCAAGUGCACUACUGACCACAUCAGUGCCGCCGGCCCCUGGCUCAAGUUCCGCGGUCACCUGGACAACAUCUCCAACAACAUGCUGAUCGGCGCUGUCAACAGUGAGAACGACGGCAUCAACAAAGUCAAGAACGCCCUGACCGGGGAGUACGGAGGGGUCCCCGACGUGGCCCGCCAUUACAAGGCUAACGGGCUGUCGUGGGUGGUGGUGGGUGAUGAGAACUACGGAGAGGGCUCCAGCAGGGAGCAUGCAGCCCUGGAGCCUCGCCACCUGGGGGGCUUGGCCAUCAUCGUCAAGAGCUUCGCCAGGAUCCACGAGACCAACUUGAAGAAACAGGGACUGCUGCCGCUCACCUUCGCUGACCCGUCCGACUAUGACAAGAUCCGUCCCGACGACAAGAUUUCCAUCAGGGGCCUCUCGUCCUUUGCCCCUGGGAAGCCCCUGACCGCGGUGAUCACGCACGGCGACGGCAGCCAGGACACCAUCCAGCUGAACCAGUCCUUCAACGAGACGCAGAUCGAGUGGUUCAAGGCUGGCAGCGCCCUCAACAGGAUGAAGGAGAUCCAGCAGUGAGGAGGAGGGGCCUCAGGGAUGAGAGGGCGGGGCCUCAGGGAUGAGAGGCGGGGCUAGUGUACACCGAAGGAGAAGGGGGCAGGGGGGGGGUUGCACAAAAAGGGGAGAAAGCAGGCACACACCAAAAACAAAAAAGGUUUUUAAUCAUUUGUCCCCGUUCCCCAGACCCAGAUACUUACCACACAUCCACCCACCACUGCCGCUCACUGAUUGCUGCUGCCACGGGCACAAACACGCACACACACAUCAGGUCGCUGUACGAAUGGAACGUGCACACCUCCCACUCACACACACACACACACAGACAGGUUGACUUAGACAUAGCCACCUGGAAGUGUAGAAUUUAAAAUCUUAUCCGGGAGCCCUAAAA